AUGACAGCAGCUCAGCCCUGCAAGUCUCUGCCAGAGGUCCAGCAGUUCGGUUCGGAUCCAUCAAACAGCGACAAGAUUGUGAAAGCAUUGAUUCUGAGCGGUGGCGUUGUCAUUCGAAGCUUCCUCUCUGACUCGAUCCUGGCAGUCAUUGAGAAGGAUGUGCGUCCCUAUUUAGAGGCCGAUAAACCUUGGGAGGGCAAGUUUUUCCCUCCAGAAACGCGCCGUGUCUACGGUCUCGCUGGCAAAUCUGCUUCUUUCAUGCAUAACAUCGUCGCCGAUCCAUUGUACCAGGCUGUGUGUGCCAAACUUCUUACAUCACAAUUCAAAUCGUAUCUUGGCCAAAGGCUCGAAAUAUCUGAGUCAACACCCCAGCUCAAUAAUACUGUUGUCUUCUCAAUCGGUCCUGGAGCCAGAAACCAGGAACUUCACCGUGAUGAUAUGAUUCACCACAAUCAUCUGACGGCGAUAGGAGCCGAUGAGUAUAAAAUUGGCCGUGAUACUGGGAUUGGGCUCUUCGUUGCGGGCACGAAGACCACUAGGGAAAAUGGUGCAACGAGGUUCAUCCCAGGCAGUCACCUUUGGGAUUGUAUGGACCCACCUGAUGAGGGGUUGGCAGUUUAUGCUGAACUCAACCCUGGCGACGCUUUUAUCAUGCUGUCGAGCUGCUUUCAUGGGGGCUCGGCUAACAUGACCAGGGACGAGGAGAGGCUUGUCUAUAGUUGUUUCAUGACCAAGGGUUUCCUACGGCAGGAUGAGAACCAGUACCUCGCAAACCCCCCGGAAAGAAUUCGAGAAUACCCUGAAGAUAUACAGAAGCUCAUCGGAUACAAAGUCAGCCACCCUUUUCUGGGCUGGUUAGACCUUGAGGACCCUCGAAAGGCAUUGUAUGGAAAAGAUUGGAAAUUGACCGGAGGCGACUUGUACACAUGA